AUGCGCAUCCCCAUUGCUGUACAGCUGGGCCUCCUGGUCCUGGUGACCGCCCUCGUGGGUUUGGCGGUGCUGUCCAUCACCAUCUGGGUCAACAACUCCAACUUCGUCAUCAAUGUGCAAUCCGAAGGCCUCGAGCUGGUCGCCACCAUCAAAGCCAGCCAGAUCGCCUCCAACCUCAAACUCAUCGAGUCCACCUGCCAGACCAUCGUCACCCGCCUGUUGAUCCAAGGCGCCCUCGGUCGUUUCUACAAUGGCAACUCCAGCGACGCCAACUGGACCGCGUCCGUCACCGACGUGCGCUCCGCCAUGGGCAGCGGGAACUACCUCGAUCUCUAUCAGGCCACCAUCUUCUCGCGCAACAGCCAGGGCAAUCGCCACGGACUACUGAAUGUCACCACCGCCGACGUCCCCGAGAUCAUCCUGCCCUACCCCUCGUCCAACGGCACCCCCGUGAGACUCGGCGAUGACGGCCUGGGCUAUCCCCCCAUGCUCUACCCCAACCUGACCUACCUCCCCGCCGCCGACGGCAGUGAGGUCCCGGACGUCUACGCCUUUCCCGACUACAAGCUCGGUCUGAGUACCGCCCUGUUGCUUGGCCCCUUGGCCAUCAACAGCUCGUUCUCGCUCUUGUCCGUUACCGUGCCCAUCAUCAACAACACCUCGGCCACCGAUAUUCUUGGUUACAUGACGGUCGUCGCCAGCGCCGCCAGCCUCCAGUCCGUCAUCAACACCCGGGAUGGACUGGGCAAUACCGGCCAGAUCCUGUUGCUGGGUCCAGCCCGCCCCGAGAAUCGCUUUGCUCCCGACGCCUAUCCGGCCACCGCCACCUCCGAGCCCAACGUCAAGGGUCUCACGAACGCCGAUGUGCACUACCUGUUCGAGCCCACCCCGCUACCCGGCCAGGACACCCGCCACGGCGGUUCCGCCAGCCGGAACAACUUUGCGCUGUCUCGAUACCCGCUCGCCCGGAAACUCUUCGCCCAGCCGUGGCUCGUGGCCAACAACUCCAUCAGCGACUUGUCGACCACCAACGAGUACGGCCACCGCGUGGCCGUCGGCGCCAUCCGACCCAAGACCAAGAUCGCCCAGUGGAUCCUGUUGGUCGAGGAGUCGCAAUCCGAAGCCUUGGCGCCCAUCCACCAGCUGCGGAAGAUCAUUCUGGCCUGUGUGUUUGGCACCAUGGGCCUCAUCCUGUUGAUUAUCCCGCCGCUCGCCCAUUGGGCCGUCGCCCCGAUCCGCCGACUCAGCGACGCGACCCGGAAGUCGAUCGAACCCCCCUCGCAAUCCCCCCACAGUCGGCCCGCGUCCACGGAACCCCUCCCGGACGGCCCCUACGGAGGAGCCGGAGGAACCGGAUCGGAUCCGUCGCCGCGCCCCUACGAUGAGCACCACAUGGACGAAAAGGGCACCCGGGCCGCCUGGGUGAAGCAUUUCCGCUGGGUCAAGGACCGCCCCGUCAGCGCGCACAGCAGCAACGGCAAGACCUUCCAGAUCCCCGGUCGGGUCAAGGAACGCCGACACCUGGUCACCGACGAGCUGACCGAGCUGACGAGCACCUUCAACGAGAUGUCGGACGAGCUCUCCAUCCACUACAACCGCCUGGAGGAGCGCGUGGCCGAGCGCACCCGCGAGCUCGAGGCCGCCAAGCAGGCCGCCGAGACCGCCAACGAGAGCAAGACCCUGUUCAUCGCCAACAUCUCGCACGAGCUCAAGACCCCGCUGAACGGGAUCCUGGGCAUGUGCGCCGUGUGCAUGGGCGAGGAUGACCUGCCGCGCAUCAAGAAGUCGCUGCAGGUCGUCUACAAGUCCGGCGACCUGCUGCUGCAUCUGCUGAACGAUCUGCUGACCUUCAGCAAGAACCAGAUCGACCAGGCCAUCCGCCUCGAGGAGCACGAGUUCCGGCUGUCCGACAUCCGCUCGCAGCUGGCCGUCAUCUUCCAGAACCAGGUCCAGGAGCGACAGAUCAACUUCCACGUCCACUUCGUGGGGGCCGACCGCAGCGCUCCGCUCCCGGGCGACCUCCCCGCCCAGGACACGGCCCUGGCCCCCUCGCGCCCGGCCAUGGGCCCCGCGGGCACCGGCCGGCUGCGCGAUAUGGUGCUCUGGGGCGACCAGCACCGCAUCCUCCAGGUGCUCAUCAACCUGGUCAGCAACAGUCUGAAGUUCACGCCGGAGCACGGCCGCGUCGAGGUGCGCAUCAAGUGCGUGUCGGAAGUCGACCCCCCCGCCAGCCGCCGGAACUCGCGUCCGUCGUCGGACGCCGGCUCGCACCCGCCCCAUGAUCCGCUCGACGCGGUGCAGAUCCGCGACGAGUUCCACCCCCCCGCGCUCGCGCAGCUGCGCACCCUGAUCUUCCACUUCGAGGUCGAGGACACCGGCCCCGGCAUCGCGCCGCACCUCCAGAAACGCGUGUUCGAACCCUUCGUCCAGGGCGAUCUGGGCCUGAACCGGAAAUACGGCGGCACCGGUCUCGGUCUGAGUAUCUGCGCCCAGCUCGCCCGCCUGAUGAACGGCACCAUCGCGCUGGACAGCGAGCCGGGCGCGGGCGCGCGCUUCACCGUGGAGAUCCCGCUCAAGUUCGUCAAGGAGGCGACGCCGAGCACGCGCAGCUCCAGCAUCGCCGGCUCCCGCACGCCCAGCGUCUUCUCGCUCGACGACCUGCAGAGCCUGACCCGCCCGCCGUCGAACAACGGCUCGAUGAGCGGCUCCGUGCGCAGCGACCCGCUCACCACCGCCUUCGACAAACAGGAUCUGCAGCCGCGCCUCGUCGGCCUCAGCCAGCCCUACUUCACCCCCGCCAGCACCGCCACGCCGAGUCGCCCGGCGCCCGACGGCGCCGCCGCCGCCGCGGACAGCGCGAGUUCCGGCAAGGUGCGCGUGCUGGUUGCGGAGGACAAUGCCGUGAACCAGGAAGUCGUGCUGCGGAUGCUUCGGCUGGAAGAGGUGUACGACGUGACGGUCGUCAAGGACGGGCAGGAGGCGUACGACACGGUCAAGGCGAAUAUGGAGGAGGGCAAGGUGUUUGAUCUCAUCUUCAUGGAUAUCCAGAUGCCGAAUCUGGACGGCUUGCAAAGUACCCGUCUCAUCCGCGGGAUGGGCUACUCGGCGCCUAUUGUCGCGCUGAGCGCUUUCUCGGAAGAGAGCAAUAUCAAGGAUUGUAUAGACUCCGGCAUGGACAUGUUCAUCAGCAAACCCAUCCGACGACCGGCGCUGAAGCAGGUGCUGAACAAGUUCGCCACGAUCCCGGAGGAACCGGAGAACGGCGCAGAGUGUUGA